AUGAGCUAUACCAGUGAAACUGCACAGGGGAAUCACAGCAUGGUGACCCAAUUCAUUUUCCUCAGCUUCUCCCAGGAUCCAGUAACGCGAGCAAUACUUUGUGUGGGUUUCUCCAUUAUCUACACUAUCUCCCUGAUGGGCAACAGCAUCAUCAUCCUCAUUAUAGUGCUGGACUCGGCUCUCCACAGCCCCAUGUAUUUCUUCCUCUGGAAUCUGUCUUUUCUGGAGAGCUGCUACAUCUCUGUCACCAUCCCCAAGAUGCUGGUCAACUUUGUCUCUGAGGAGAGGACCAUCUCCUUCACUGGGUGUGCCAUCCAGAUGCACUUCAUCCUUUCUCUUGGGACAACAGAGUGCUACCUGCUGGCUGCGAUGGCCUAUGACCGCUACAGGGCCAUCUGCUGCCCUCUGCACUACCCCACCAUUAUGAAUCCCAGAGUCUGCGCCAACAUGGCCAUUGUCUGCUGGCUCUGUGGAAUCCUGAUGCCCAUGGGCAAAGUGAUUUGGAUCUUCUCCUUGCCCUACUGUGGGCCCAACGAGAUCAACCACUUCUUCUGCGACAUCCACCCUGUGCUGAAGCUGGCCUGUGGGGACACCUCCAGGAGCGAGGUCUUCAUUGUACUAAUCAGCCUAAUAAUCACUGUCAUCCCCUUCCUGAUGGUGCUGGUGUCCUAUGCCUGCAUCCUCUACACCAUCCUGAAGACGACUUCUUCCGAGGGAAGACACAAAGCUUUCUCCACCUGCUCCUCGCACCUCACUGUGGUCAUCUUGUUCUACGGCUCAGCCUGCGCUAUGUACCUGCGGCCCAAGUCCAGCCACAUAGCGGACGUGGACAGAGUGGUGGCCCUGUUUUAUACCGUCGUCACCCCCACGUUAAACCCCAUGAUCUACAGCCUAAGGAACCAGGAGGUGAAGGCUGCUCUGAGGAGACUGACGGGAAGGAAAAGGUUUUCAUGA